UCACCCAAUCACGGGUCGGCAGGCGGUCCUCUCCAGUGGUUCGGGGUUCCUGGUGUCGUCGGACGGACUGAUUGUCACCAAUGCCCACGUGGUGGCCAAUAAGAGAAGCGUGCGAGUGAAGCUGCACAAUGGGGAGGUGUAUGAGGCCAUUGUCCGAGGAAUCGAUCCCGUCCAGGACAUCGCCACCAUCAAGAUUACACCCAAGGCCCCUCUACCCACCGUGCCGCUGGGCCGCUCCUCCGACGUCCGCCAAGGAGAAUUCGUCGUCGCCAUGGGAGCGCCGCACCUCCUCCGCAACACCAUCACCUCCGGAAUCGUCAGUACAGUGCAACGAGGGAGCCGGGAACUCGGUCUUUCCAACAAGGACAUGGACUACAUCCAGACCGACGCCAUCAUAGACGUCGGUAAUUCUGGAGGCCCAUUGGUCAACCUGGACGGCGAGGUGAUCGGAAUUAACACCCUGAAGGUGACGGCCGGAAUUUCCUUCGCCAUUCCCUCCGACCGAGUGCGGGAUUUCCUCCAACAGGAAGAGAAGAAGACUCAGAGUUCCUGGUUCAAGAAGUCGGAGGUGCAGCAGAAGUACAUCGGGAUCACAAUGCUGACCCUCACCCCGAGGAUUCUGGCUGACAUGAAGUUCCGGGACCCGACCUUCCCUGACGUCUCUCAUGGUGUUCUCAUCCACAGUGUCAUCAUCGGCUCCCCGGCCCACCAAGCCAGCCUAAAGCCCGGUGACAUCAUCCUGGAGAUAAACGCCCACAAGGCGGUGACCGCUGAGGAUGUCUUUGACGCUGUGAACAGCCAACCAAAACUCGCCAUGAUUGUCCGGCGAGGGUACGAGACCCUGAUGGUCAAUGUCAUCCCAGAGCCGGUGGAAUGAUUGGAGGGCGUGUAUCAUGUGAUCAGCGCCCCCUCCCCCACGAGGACUCGGGGGUCAGUGGAGGGAGACGAGAGCUCAGCGGCACAUCCGUGUCCGAUUAUUGGACAGAACACUGACCUGGAAUCCUGACCAUUGUGGGCCCUCAGGAGGCUUCAAUCGCCGCCAUGGUGGGAUGGAUGGGAGAUUUGGGGGGGGGGGGUCCAUGUUGGGUGAAUGACCCCGUUCUAUGACCCCGCCAUUCAGAAUGUAAGUGGAUUCCGCCAUCAUCAUCCAGGGUCAUGUGAUGUCUACAGGCUCCGCCUCUGAGGUGCAAUUUUUCUUCAGAACUCUGUAGAAAGCCCCGCCUUCAUCAAUAAAUACAACCAAUGAGAAGCUU